AUGGGCAUCAAGACGAACAUCACUCUCCAUACUGAGGGAACUCUCAACGGCCUCAAGCCUACCAUUCUGCUGGCGGAGCUUGAUCUGGAAUACAAGCUCGUCACGAUCGACAUUGUUGCCCAAGCGAACAAGAAGCCCUGGUUCCUCAAGAUCAACCCCAACGGCCGGAUCCCGGCCAUGAGUGAUGUCGAUGGAUUUGGCAGGGAAAUACGCAUCUUCGAGAGCGGUGCUAUUCUGGAAUACCUCGUGGCCCGUUAUGACAAGGACAACAGAACCUCGUAUCCCUACAACUCUACAGAGUACUGGGAGACAGUGUCCUGGUUGACGUGGCAGAUGGCUGACGUUGGUCCCAUGCAAGGACAAGCAAAUCACUUUGCCAGAUCUGCUGGCAAGGAGGUGCCUUACGCACCAAGCCGCUACGUCCACGAGACCCGUCGUUUGUACCGCGUCCUGGACGCUCAUUUAGCCCAGAGCGCCUUCGGCUACAUCAUUGGCGAUCGCGUUACCAUUGCUGACAUUGCCAUCUGGCCCUGGGUUAGUGCCUACAAGUACAGUGCUCUGUCUACGAUUGACGAUUUCCCUCAAAUAAAGAAGUGGUUGUACCUACUUCUACAGCGCCCCGGUUUUGAGAAGGGUCGAAACGCCCCCGGCCCUCACAAGAUGGACGAUGUGUCCGAGCAGGAGCUCAACGACAUAGCAGCUCUACUGGGUACUUGGAUAAGUGAUGCUAUGAAGCGCGAUGCCGCGGCCUGA